AUGCUAAUCAAAAAACCUUUACAGAUUCCAUAUCCAAAUAACAAUCAUUUCGCCUGGAUUUGGGGUGACAACCAGAAUGACUCCUGGAUCUUCACCCUGGCCAUCCUCCUGAGCAGCACCUUUGUGUACAAUAGCAUGGGAACCAUCAACCAGCAGGCCAUAGACCAACUGCACUAUGUGACAGAGCUCACAGAACAAACCCAAUCAAAAUCCUCACCUGGUGAGAAUAACUAUGAGGUUGAGGAUUCAGCUGAUUUUGUGAGCUUCUUCCCAGAUUUUGUGUGGACAUUGAGAGAUUUCUCCCUGGACUUGGAAGUACAUGGACAAUCCCUCACAGCAGAUGAGUACCUGGAGUACUCCCUGAAACUGAAGCAAGGUACCAGUGAAAAAGAUAAAAAUUUUAAUCUGCCCCGACUCUGUAUCCAGAAGGUCUUCCCAAAGAAGAAAUGCUUUGUCUUUGAUCGACCUGUUAAUCGCAAGAAGCUUGCCCAGCUCGAGAAACUACGUGAUGAAGAGCUGGACUCCGAAUUUGUGCGACAAGUAGCAGACUUCUGUUCCUACAUCUUUACCAAUUCCAAAACUAAAACUCUUUCAGGAGGCAUCAAGGUCAACGGCCCAUGUCUAGAGAGCCUGGUGCUGACCUAUGUCAGUGCAAUCAGCAGCGGGGAUCUGCCCUGCAUGGAGAACGCAGUCCUGGCCUUGGCCCAGAUAGAGAACUCAGCUGCAGUGCAAAAAGCCGUUGCCCACUACGAACAGCAGAUGGGCCAGAAGGUGCAGCUGCCCACGGAAACCCUCCAGGAGCUGCUGGACUUGCACAGGGACAGUGAGAGAGAGGCCAUCGAAGUCUUCAUCAGGAGUUCCUUCAAAGAUGUGGACCAUCUAUUUCAAAAGGAAUUAGCGGCACAGCUAGACAAAAAGCGGGAUGACUUUUGUGAACAGAAUCGGAAAGCAUCAUCGGAUCGUUGCUCAGCUUUACUUCAGGACAUUUUCAGUCCUCUAGAAGAAGAAAUGAAGGCGGGAAUUUAUUCUAAACCAGGGGGCUAUCGUCUCUUUACUCAGAAGCUACAAGACCUGAAGAAAAAGUACCAUGAGGAACCGAGGAAGGGGAUACAGGCUGAAGAGAUUCUGCAGACAUUCUUGAAAUCCAAGGAGUCUAUGACUGAUGCAAUUCUACAGACAGACCAGACUCUCACAGAAAAGGAAAAGGAGAUUGAAGCAGAACGUGUGAAAGCUGAAUCUGCACAGGUUUCAGCAAAUAUGGUAGAGGAAAUGCAAAUAAAGUAUCAGCAGAUGAUGGAAGAGAAAGAGAAGGAUUACCAAGAACAUGUGAAGCAAUUGACUGAAAAGAUGGAGAGGGAGAGGGCCGAGUUGCUGGAAGAGCAAGAGAGGACUCUUACUAGUAAACUUCAGGAACAGACUCAACUACUGAAAGAGAGAUGCCAAGGUGAAAGCACCCGACUUCAAAAUGAGAUACAAAAGCUACAGAAGACCCUGAGGAAAAAAAAAUAAGAGAUAUGUGUUCCAUAAGCUAAAGAUCUAAACAAUAGAGCUUUUCUGUCACCCUGACCCAAGGCAUAACUGAAACCAUUUUAGUUUCUGGAACAAGUAUCACUACAUUGAUAAUUAGAUCUUGCAUCGUAACACUAAAAGUUUACAAGAACAUGCUGUUCAAUGAUCAAAAUCAUGUUUUUUCGUUAAAAAGAUUGUAAAUUGUUCCACAAAGAUGCAUUUACCUCUGUACUAACAGAGGAGAGGUCAUAACUUGUUGUCUCUCAGGAGUUUAUUCUUCUGGAUGACCAGUGGAUACUGAGGAAAGUCUUAGGUAAAAGUCUUAGGGCAUAUUUGAGCACAGGUGCACAAUGGGUCCCAAUAUUCAGAAACCAUCCCAGCUUCCUAUGGAAGACAGUGUAAAGCUCUCCAUUAUAUCAAGGCUACAAGGUUGAUGAGAAAUAAUGUGAUUUCUGGACAUUGCCCAUGGAUAAUUCUCACUGAUGGAUCUUAAGCUAAAGCAAAUCAUCUUAUACAGAGAUCUAGAAUUU